AUUGUAAAUAUCAAGAAUUUCGCAGAUUAAGUAGUUGAUUUGCAUGUUAAAUAUUCAAUGUUCAUUAAUUUGAUUCGACAGAGCAGUAGGCAGAUAAGUUGUUAUCGUAAUGUUGUAGAGAAUUCAUCAAAUCUUUAUAAGAAUCUCAAGUACAGACGACAACCAAGAGUAAGAACGUUGAUUGUUUCAAACAGUAUUCGUAAAAUGUCUCACUCAAUAAAGAGCCGUCAUACAAACCGUCUUGCUGCUGCGAAAAGUCCAUACUUGCUACAACAUCAGCAUAAUCCGGUAGAUUGGUAUGAAUGGUCUGAUGAGGCUAUUCAGAAAGCUCAAAACGAGAACAAGAUGAUUUUCUUAUCAGUUGGCUAUUCGACGUGUCAUUGGUGUCACGUUAUGGAACACGAAUCUUUUAUGGAUGAGGAAAUUGCAAAAAUUAUGAAUGACAAUUUCGUAAACAUAAAAGUUGAUCGAGAAGAACGUCCUGAUAUUGAUAAAAUGUACAUGACUUUUCUUUUGUUGAUUAAUGGAAGCGGAGGUUGGCCCAUGAGCGUCUUUUUAACACCAAAUCUCACGCCAAUUACUGCAGGCACGUAUUUUCCUCCGAAAAGCCGUUGGGGAAUGCCGGGAUUCGCGACAGUUUUAACGACAAUUUCCGAACGAUGGAAAAACGAUCAGGAGCAAUUGAUGGCAACGGGAAGUGCUGUUAUCGAAGCUAUUCGAAAAAGCGUUGUUGAACGGAAAACACUCGAAGAUGAUGACGAAACGCAACACAUUUAUGCAACUGUUGAAUCAAAAUUUAACCAAGCAGUGAACAUUUACCUGCGCAAUUACGACAAAAUUUGGGGCGGAAGUGCAGGAGCUCCAAAGUUUCCCGAAAUGGCUAAACUUAAUUUUAUGUUGCAUGCUUUUGUACAGGGACAACGAAACACGGAGAUUCUUGAUGUAGCGUUGAAACAAUUAGAUAAGAUGGCAAAUGGAGGCAUUCACGAUCAUGUAUUUGGAGGAUUUGCACGAUAUUCAGUCGACGAAAAAUGGCAUAUACCGCAUUUUGAGAAAAUGCUAUAUGAUCAAGCACAAAUCAUGUCUGCCUACGUGAAUGCAUACAAAAUCACGAAAAAACAAAAAUAUUUAAGAAUCGCUGACAAAAUUUAUCAAUACGUGUGCUCCGACUUACGGAAUGGAAAAGGAGCUUUUUACAGCGGCGAAGAUGCAGAUUCUCUACCAUCUGUUGAUGCAGAGUCAAAAAUUGAAGGAGCUUUUUAUGCAUGGACUUUUGAUGAGAUCAAAAAUGUUUUGCAAGAUGAUUUCGAAAAAUUUAAGGAAAUAACAGAUUUAGAUGUGCACCAAAUCUACAUUCAUCAUUACGAUAUCAAACCAGAUGGAAAUGUAGCUGCAAGUAGUGACCCGCAUGGGCAUCUAACGGGAAAGAAUAUCCCAUUUGUAAAUGGAUCUGUGAGAGAAACAGCAACUAAAUUUGGCACAACAACACAAGUGAUUGAAAAAGUACUAACAUUAGCGAAUGAAUCGUUGAAUAAAGUCAGAAGUGAACGAUGUCGACCACAUUUAGAUACGAAAAUUAUUUGUGCAUGGAACGGCUUAAUGUUAUCUGGUUUGUCGAAAUUAGCAACCGUUAAUGAUGCGCCAAAUAAGGAUAAUUAUUUGACGACAGCAAAAGAGUUGUAUGAGUUUGUGAGGGAAAAUUUGUAUGAUAAAGAAACGGGAAAACUUUUUAGAUCGUGUUAUGGCGACGUUCAUGACUCUGAAACAACUUCUCAAUCAGAAAUACCAAUUUUUGGGUUUUUAGAUGACUAUGCCUUCCUUAUUAGAGGUCUUAUUGACUAUUAUGUUGCUUCGUUAGAUGUUAAUGUGCUCCAUUUUGCCGUUCAGCUGCAAAAUAAGCAAAACGAGUUGUUUUGGGAUACUGAAAACGGUGGAUAUUUUUACACUGAAGCUAAUGCUCCUAAUGUGAUUGUUCGUCUCAAAGAAGAUCACGAUGGAGCUGAACCUUGCGGAAAUAGUGUUGCUGCUCACAAUUUGGCAAUGCUUCGUUUGUACUUCGAGAACAGAGAGUACAAAUUAAUUUUGGAGAAACUUUUUCUCUUCUUUGCUUCUGUCAAACCAUUUGGCUAUAUUUUGCCUGAAAUGAUGUCUGCUCUUUUAAUCAAAGAUGCUGGAUUAGCAAUGUUGGUUGUAAUUGGCGAAGAAUCUGAAGAUACAAAAGCUCUAUUUGAUGUUGGGAGAGAUUUCUUUGUACCUGGUAUGAUUGUUCUGCAUUUGGAUCCAAAACAUCCUGAAAAGGCAGUGAGAAAAGCUAUUUUGCAAUUUAAAGGAGUAGGAGACAAAGCAACUGCUUAUGUAUGUGAAAAGCAAAUGUGCAAUUUACCAAACACAGAUCCCGAAAAGUUUAGGAAAGAAUUCGAAAAAUAUCUAUUACCACAGGAAGGCUGAAAUUAACUAAUUUUGUAAUGUACGUUGAACUUAUUAAAAGGUUAUAUAAAAUGCCGAUAAAAAAAUAAAAAAAAAUAAAAACUAAAUUCAUAGGCUUGUUAAAUAUUAAGACAAAUGGAUAUCGAAUGGAUCAUGGAGAUACGAAGGAAAUUAUGGAAAUAGACCCAAAAAACGGUCAAUUUUGAUGAAAUU